AUGGGUUCUCACUUUAUACCUACAACUUCAAACGUUGUUUGUUAUGAGAAAAAAAAAGAUAUAUGUUUAGUUGCCAUGAAAAGUGGCGAGUCGAUAAUGUUUCAAGGAAGUGUUCUUGUUGCAUCUAUAUUUGGAGACGCGAUUAUUAUGGGUCAUAGAUUGCACAGUGUUAUUGCCUCCGAAAUUACAACAGAAAAUCGUUUAUCAAUUGAUUUGAACUCUAAUAUUACGUUCCAUCCAGUGUUUUCUCCAAAAACACAUUCCUUGUUAGAAAUAGAAUCAAUAAAAAAACAGGAGAUGACUACGCGCAAACUUUCACAUUCUGGAAUUAUAGCUUGUUCAACGACAAUGUCGAUGAUUAACAAGCUUUUAUCAAAUGUGAACUUAGCUGAGGAAAGAUAUGAUACUAUUCUUGUUUUACGAGACUUUUCAUGGUGUGGCAUUCAAGAUAUAGAGCAUGUUACAUCUUCAUUUUUCAAUAAUAUAUUUACCGACAAUCUCGCGAAUAACAAGAAAAUUGAUCGUGAUACUGAGAUUGAGCAAUCAAAACGUGAUUUGUUUAAUAUUAAAGGAUUUUAUCCGAUUUUUGAUGAAGUUUCCGGAACAACAGCUAUAAAAAUUUCCCCUUCCUGGAAAAAUUCAGCAAACCAGCUCAUGGAUGAUACUUUAAACUUUAGCGUACCUCCCAUUGCCAUCAUUAGUGGGCAUAAAAAUGUUGGGAAAUCAACAUUUUCCAGAUACUUGGUUAACAACUUGCUCAACGUUUGCCCCAAAGUUGCUUAUAUUGAAAGUGAUGUUGGACAAUCUGAAUUCACCCCUUGUGGGUUAGUAUCGCUUAAUAUAUUGAAUUCCCCUAUCUUUGGUCCUCCAUUUACACAUAUACAACAACCCUAUAGAUCAUAUUUCAUUGGACAUAAUUCUCCACGCGAUGAUCCUGACUAUUACUUGGAUUGUUUGCGCGAAUUAGUUACAGCUUAUCGUCGUGACAUUGCUUGUGGUUCAGAGUACGGAAUGUAUGAUGAUGGACAAGUACACGUUCCUCUAAUUAUUAAUACUCACGGAUGGAGCAAAGGAAUGGGUUAUGAUUUAUAUCUUCAUAUUAUAGGUUUUGCUAAACCAACACAUAUUUUUCAGUUUUAUUCUGCAACAUUCACCAAUCAAAACCUUCCAUCACUCCCAGAGUAUAUUGUCUCUCCUACUGACCAAGCACCGCCCAAAGUUGCUUUUGUUGAAGCAAUAGAUUCAUCCGAACGUUCAAAUCGGGCAUCCGAUCACCGACUAUUAACCUUUUUGUCAUACUUUUAUUCAACAAAUGCCAUGGCAGUAAAUCAAGUAGAUACAAAAUGGUGGGGUUUUAACCUACCGUUGAUCCGUCGGGUACCAUGGUGUUUAGAUUGGAGUAAAGGGUUAACUGGGGGGGUUUUUAUGUUAUCCGGAGAGGUGCCUUUAAGUCAACUUUUGUACGCGUUAAAUGGUUCGAUUGUAGGAUUAAUUGGUGAUAUUGAUAAUCCUUAUACAAGUGAACAAGUUGACAAAGACGUAAUAUCCGUAAAAGAAUUAAAAGAUCCGCGAUCACGAACACAACCUCCGAAUUAUUUUCCUUGUCCUGAUUUUCCUCCACCUUCACCAACUAAACAUAAUUGUUUGGGAUUGGCCAUCAUAAGAUCCAUCGAUCCAGCAUCUCAUUCAUUUCACGUUCUUUCGCCGCUCCCUUCGUCAGUACUUUUUAAAACCAAUGCCAUAGUUAAAGGAACUUUGGAACUUCCAGUAUGGUUUAUGCUGGAUCAUAUUACAAAUAGCUCACUGGGUGUUUGUGGUAUUCCAUGGAAAAGAGUUCCCUACCUGAGAGUUGAAGCAGGAGAAGGUAUUGGAUAUGCGGCUCCAAAAGUAAGGAGAAAUAUUAGAAGACGUGGUCAAGAGAACCAAAACAUUUGA